AUGGCAAAGAAUUGCUUCUUUUUUUCCAUUGCAGUGUCGUUAAACUGUUUUAUUGUUUGCCUAGCUACAACCAUAACUACUAACUUGACUACAGAUCAAUCUGCACUUCUUGCCUUCAAAGCCCAUAUCACUUCUGACCCUGAAAAUGUAUUGGCCAAAAACUGGUCCACCACUACCUCAGUUUGCAACUGGACUGGUGUCUCCUGCAGUCUCAGCAACCAAAGGGUCACAGCCUUGAAUCUCUCUGAUAUGAGUCUCAGUGGCACCAUCGCUCCACAUCUUGGGAACCUCUCAUUUCUCACAUCUCUUGACAUCAGUUACAAUAGUUUCAAUGGUCAUAUACCCGAAGAGUUGGCUAGUUUGGAUCGAUUACUAGAGAUCGAUUUUCAAUACAACAACUUCAGUGGAGAGGUACCAUCAUGGUUUGGGAUCUUAUCAGAACUUCAACACUUGCUUCUAUCUAAUAACAGUUUCACAGGUACCAUUCCACCAUCAAUAUUCAACAUUUCAAAGCUAGAGACGUUGAAAAUAAGCUACAAUUCUCUUCAUGGUAAUAUUUCACAAGAGACCAGUAAUCUUUCCAACCUGAAAGUAUUAGACUUGAGUUUUAACAAGCUUACGGGCUCCAUACCAUCUGCUAUCUUUAAAAUGUCUUCACUGCAAGUAAUUGAUCUCACCGCUAAUAGCCUUUCUGAUAGUCUCCCAAUAGAUAUGUGCACUCAUCUUUCUUUGCUUCAGCGACUCCGCCUUUCUUUUAAUCAGCUGCAUGGGCAAAUUCCAUCUGGCUUAUACAAGUGCAGAGAGCUCCAACAUCUAUCAAUGUCCAAUAACAACUUUAGUGGCACCAUACCUAGAGAAAUCGGCAACCUGACAAUGUUAAAGGUGUUGAAUCUUGGUUGGAACAACCUCAAAGGUGUAAUUCCAUCAGAGAUGGGUAAUCUUAAAUGGCUGGAAGGAUUGAUAUUAUCAACUGGUGCUCUAACGGGGUCAAUUCCGUCUUCCAUCUUCAAUAUUUCAUCAUUGAGAUCAAUUGAUUUCACCAACAAUCACCUCUCUGGAAGCCUCCCAAUGAACAUUCAAUAUGAUCUCCCGAUUCUUGAAGAGCUAUAUCUUAUGACAAAUUGCCUCAGUGGUCAAAUUCCAUCCAAAUUAGGGGAAUGCAGAGGGCUUCGAGUAUUAGCAUUGCAGGAAAACAAAUUCACUGGAAAUAUACCAAAGGAAUUUGGGAACCUUACAUCCCUCAAAGUUCUAGGUCUCUAUGAUAACAACUUGACAGGUAACUCCAGUACCUAA